CCAGACCCCUCCCUCUCUUUCUCGAGCCCCUACCUCUCCCCUUGCCACCUUUGUUUCUGUCUCCUUUUUCUCUGUCACCUACCCUGCCUCUCUCUCUCUCUCUCUCUCUCUCUCUCUCUGCGUUUUCAUUCUCUGAUGGGCUGGAACCAGUGUAGUUUAUUAGGAGGUAAUGCCACUGCUAUAACCUUGUUUAGCAGCUGAAACCAGAAUAAAAAAAAGGCCCUCUUCUCUGCUGGAGCAUGUUUUUUUGUAGUCUUUCUCCGUGUUUGUGUGUGUUGAGCUUCAAAUGGAACCUGCUCAUCUCUCUUCUUUUUCCUUAACGUAUUCUCCUGUGAGCCCUUGAGUGCCAGGGACACAACCACAACCUCCAUUUUUAGAAGAGACCCACCUUUAUUUUUUAGGAGAUGAUAUGGGUUUGGCUCUGAAGCUUCUUCCCCAGGAGCAGCAUUUUCGGCAAAAAUCCACCUUUAUUUUUCAAAAGAUGAAAUGGGUUGCCCUCAAACUUCUCCAAGAGCAGCAUUUUUAGCUAGAAUCUACCUUUAUUUUUCAAAAGAGGAAUGGGUUGCUCUUCUUCCUCUAGUCUAUUUCGCUAAAACCCCAAAUAAACCACUCAUCCUCCAUUUUUUUGCAGAACCCCACCUCCUUUUCAUAUCUAGAGCCUUCCAAAAAGACCACCUUUCUUACCUUUUCUAACCCAACUCCUUCCUUGAGCAGAACCCUUACUGUGGCUAAAAACAAUGGGAUGUGUUGCCUCCAAGCUAGAGGAAGAAGAAGUGGUAUCUAUUUGCAGAGAGAGAAAAAGGUUCUUGAAGUUAGCUGUGGAGAGAAGAUAUCUUCUCGCAGAUGCACAUUGUAGGUACUAUCAAGCCCUCUAUGCAGUAGCAGCAGCCAUAAAACUUUUUGUAGCUCGCCAUUCUUCCCCUUCUUCACCAUUUCUCAUCACCUUCCCUCCACCUAGUCCACCAUCUCCACCCAUCCAAAAUGUUAUCUCCAACCCAAUGUUCCUCCAACAGGAGCCAUCUGAGUCAACCCAAGAAGCCAUUGCUUGUGAUUCAGUUGAUUCUUCAACACCCUCAGACUCUUCUGAAGAAGAAGAAGAAGAAGAAGAAGAGAAACAACAGGACACAAAGAGAGAAGAACAAGUUUGUGGGUACUUUUAUAUGCAAAUGCCACCUUCAACGCCAUCACCACAGAAGGAGUUUGGGUGGGAUUUCUUCAAUCCAUUUGAUGGGGUAAGACCAGAGGUGAUAAGCGGUUAUAGCAGGUUCUCUGAGGAUGAUUUGAGGGCGGUCAGGGAGGAGGAGGGCAUCCCAGAGCUGGAGGAUGAAGGGGAUAGAGGAGAGGAAGAGAACAAUGUGGUGGUGAGGGCUGAAGAGAAAGGAAAUGGAGAAAAUGAGAAGGAGAGUGGAGUUGAAGUUGUGGGAACUGUGAUUGAUGCCAAUGUAGGCCAGGAGGAGCAGAAGGGGCUUACAGUUAUCGAUACCCCGGCCCGGGGAAGGGAACUGUUGGAUGCAUUGAAGGAUAUUGAGGACCAUUUCAUUAGGGCUUAUGAUUCUGGUAAGGAUGUCUCCAGGAUGCUAGAGGCCAGUAGAGUUCAUAUGCUCUCUGGUUUAGAGGAAAUAAAAGGGAACUCGACAAAACUCAUCCAAGCUAUCACAUGGCACCGUAGCUCAUCACGGUCUUCAUCCUGUAAGAGUCUUGUGGCAUCCAGCUCCAAGAGCUCUUCAACAUGGACAGAAUAUAAGAAUGAUCUUUUCGAUGAUUGUGGAGGAAUGAACUCAGGAAGCCAUUCAUUAACACUGGGAAGGCUGUAUGCUUGGGAAAAGAAGCUCUAUGAUGAGGUUAAGGCUGGAGACAGUACUCGGAAAAUCUACGAGAGGAAGUGUUCACAACUGAGAAACAAGGAUGUGAGAGGAGAUGAUGAACUUUCUGUGGACAAAACCAGAGCUGCAGUGAAGGAUUUAUAUGCUAGAAUCUUGGUUGCAAUAAGGAGUGCUGAGUCGAUCUCGAAAAGAAUUCAGAAACUGAGGGAUGAAGAACUGCAGCCCCAGAUAAUGGAGCUGUUAAAAGGCCUAAUGCAAACCUGGAAGAUAAUGUUGGAAUCCCAUCAAACCCAGAACCAGAUUCUGUUUGAAGUGAAGUCUUUUACCUGCCCAUCGUAUGGGAAAUUCUGCAAUGAGUCUCACCGGCUUGCAACUCUUCAGUUGGAGGCUGAGCUUCUGAAUUGGCGUGCAUGCUUCGGGGAGUAUAUUAUGGCACAAAAAGCGUAUAUUGAAGCUCUCCAUGGAUGGCUCUCCAAGUUUGUAGUCCCUGAGGUUGAAUUCUGCUCACGAGGCAGACGCUCAGCUCCGCCAUGCCAAGCCAAUGGGCCACCGCUGCUCAUAACCUGCCAUGAUUGGCUAUCUUCCUUACAGAAGUUGCCAGACGAGACUGUUUCCCGAGCCAUGAAAAGCUUUGGGAAGGAUAUAAAAGCUUUGUGGGCUCAUCAAGGGGAGGAACAGCAACAGAAGAGGAAGGUGGAUGGUCUUGCAAAAGAGCUUGACAGGAGGAUUCUAGCCUUCCAGAAGGCAGAGAACAGAGUCCUCGAGUUCAAGCUUUCAGAACAGAAACCUGAGCCAGACGGGCAGCAUCAAGAUGAGCACUUGACAGAGAAGAGGGAUCUCCUGGACAUGUUCAGAAGGAAGCUGGAUGUAGAGAAGGAAAAACACCAUAAUUGCAUGCAAGAAACACAAAGAGUCACAUUGAAUGGGAUUCAGACUGGGUUUUCUUCGGUUUUCGAGUCCUUGACAGAGUUCUGCAAGGCUUCUCUGAAAAUGUACAAUGACCUUGUGAACUACAGUGAGAAUGCUGAAAAAGCUGGGAACCCAUCAUAUAUAGAGGGAGGAUCCCAGGUUGAAGAAGAGGAUGGAAGCAGGUAACACUAGGAAAUUGUACAUUAGAUUGUGUUGAAGCAACUUGCUGAGACACAUUUAUUUAUAAUUCUAGCAGGGUUUCUUUUCCACAAGCCGCUUAUUGUUUAUCAUCAAUAGAUGUAAUGUUUGCCCAGUUUUGUUGCAAAACCUGUAAAAUUUCCCAGUUUCUGAAACUUUCUUUGGAAAAAUGCCCGAGAAAUGUUGAACGGGAGGGAAAAUUCAGGUGGGUGAUCCUUGUAAGUAGUGGUUUUUGGUGUUGAAUAGAAGAGAGUUUCAUUAAGUAUUUGAUUGA